AUGGACACCGACCCGUUUAUGAUGGAGCCGCCUGGUAACCAGGACAGAUGGGAUGCCGGUAGUAGAGCUACGGUACAGAUUAUUCUGGGAGCGUGUCUGUUUACGCUUGCAACGGUUAUUUAUGGACUGAGGAUCUUGACGAGAGUGCGACUACAGAAGAAUGCUCUUCGUCUAGAUGAUCUCCUCACUGGCGCUUCGUUAGUGGCAUGCUGGGCAUUCUAUGCAUGUACCAUGGGCAUGGUUGCUCAGGGUGGUUGUGCUACGAACUUCUGGCAAGUCAGACAAUCCCAAUACGAAGCUCUCCUCAAGUGGACGAUCCCAGUCAACAUCUUCUACAUGCUCUCCUCCGAUCUCGCCAAGAUUUCCCUUCUCUUCUUCUACCUACGCCUCUCGCCCGAACGAAACUUCCGAAUGAUAAUUUACGUCCUGAUCAGCCUCUUCGCUCUAUAUGGACUUAUCUACGCUAUGAUCAGUUUGUUCGGUUGCCAGCCUAUCAAGGCGUCUUGGGAUCUUGCGGCACAGGCGACAGGAAAAUGUAUCGACAAGUUCGGGUUCUUCUUGGCAGCUUCCGUGGCGAAUGUUGUUAUGGAUCUGGUUAUCCUUCUACUCCCUCUACGGAUUGUUAUUCCACUACAGAUUCCUCGUCGACAGAAGAUGUCGCUGCUGUUUCUCUUCACCACUGGUGGCUUCGUGAUUAUCGUCGCUAUCUAUAACUGCAUCCUCACCGUCAAGCUGUUCAGCAGCCCCAACUACACCUGGGGCCUGGCAUACGAACUAUGCUGGAUGUACGCCGAACUCACAGGUUGCGUCAUCUGUGCGUCCGCCAGUUCUCUGAAGCCGUUCUUCAAGCGCAUUCUACCACACCUAUUCACCAGCCACGGCGCCAGCUACGGUCCUUCUGGAAACACUGGCGGAUCUCAUGCCUUGGGCAACAGCCGACGUCAACUCAGCCGCAAGCAAGCCGAUGCUAUCGAGCUCCAAUCCGGCGACGACUCGGAAUCUGGAAGAAAGGUUGGGGAUGAUGACGAGGUUACGCUUUGGCCCAAGCAGCAGAAUAGCUUCGAUAAUGGGAAUCCUAAUGGGAAUCACCAGGUUCUAGUCUCUGGGCCGGGAGCCAGUGUCGGAAUGGGAAGAAGUAACUCGAGGUUCCAGAGACCAGGCAAGCCCGACGGGAUUGAGAUCGUCUCUACGACAGAAGUCAUGUACAGUCCUAGAUAG